AACGAGAUUUUCAACGGAGACGUAGAGAGAGACGACGACGGAGAAGGAGGAGGCUUCGUCGACAAUGCGAGAAUGGCUCAGUAUAGACAAUCAGGAACGGAGAGGUUUUUGGGAGGUCGAAGCGGUUACAAUCCUUAUGUCAACGGCGGAGCUUCGUCAGAUCAUGUAGCGAUCGGGAUCCGUAACGGCGGUGGUGGUAAUUUCGGAGUUGUAAAUCAGCACGGGAAAGCUAGUCGAUGGCGGCGAUCUACUCGAUUAGAUAGGAAUCGUCGUUGCGGUGUUGGCUCUUUGGUGUUUGUUCUUUGUGUUGUGCUCGUUGUUUGUGUCUCUGCUUACUAUUAUUUCUCCGGUUAUACUAAUUUUCGCAAAGAUGAUAAAGGAAUUGAUACAUCUGAAGGUGAUUUUCUAACGAAUGUGUCAAGAACUGAUCCAUUGAAAAUACUUAAGUUUGGUCAUGGUUCAGUGUUACAUGGACGAGAUUCGAGAGAUUGGGAUAAGGAUGAUAGAAGAAGGGAUGAAGAUUAUAAUGAGGAUGAUGUAGAGGAUAAAUCUGUUGUUGAGGAGAGGUCAGUGUCUGAAGUGAAAAAGGAUGUAUCGCUGCGGAAUCCUUUGAAGGGUUCAGAUUGGAAGGGGGUUGGUUUUUAUAAUGAAGCUGGACGUGAUGAGCUGAAGAAAUAUGAAGUGGAGUAUCAGGCUUCUCUUGUAAAAGGUGGUCAAUCUUUGAAGGAGAAUGAUGGGCAUCAUCAGCCAUUUGAUACAGAAUCUAAUGAAGAUGAUUCAAUUGAUUCUCAUGAUACUCAAGGGGAUGAAUAUGUUGAUAUGGGGCAUGAUGGGGAUGAAAAUGAAGAAUCACACAAAGAUAAUCAUAAGCACAAUGAGGAUGGUGCUGAAGAAUCACACAAAGAUAAUCAUAGGCACAAUGAGGAUGGUGCUGCUGAAGAAUCUCACAAAGAGAAUGCAUCUGUUUUUCUUCAUUCCACGACCAAGCAUCAGAAAGUUGAAAAGAUUCAUGGAGCAACUUCAAAAAGAUCACGUGGGAAGUCUUCUGUUGUUGGUGCGGGUGGUAAGUCGGGGAAAACAUCACAAGCUGAUACAAAAAGACGAGCGCGAAGUCACAGAUUUUCAGGCGUAUCUUGUGAGAUGAAGCUGUUGAAUUCCAGUCAACAAAUAAAAGAGCCUUUGAAAACUCAAAAUUUUGCUGCACCCUCCUUACAAUACAUACAGAUGGAGGAUAAACCUGAUGGAGAAGAACACUGGGAGCCUAAAUUUGCAGGUCACCAGAGUUUACAGGAACGAGAAGACUCUUUCUUGGUUCAAGAGCAGAAAAUCCAUUGUGGCUUUGUCAAAGCCCCUGAAGGAUUGCCAAGCACUGGAUUUGACCUGACAGAAGAUGAUGCUAACUAUAUCAGUAAAUGUCAUAUUGCUGUGAUAUCCUGUAUCUUUGGAAAUUCUGAUCGCUUGAGGCAUCCUGCUAAUAAAAUGGUAAGUAGUUUUUCAAGAAAAGAUGUUUGCUUUGUUGUGUUUGUGGACGAGAUUACCAUGCAAACACUUUCUGCCGAAGGCCAAGCACCCGACGGAGCUGGAUUCGUUGGUCUGUGGAAAUUGGUUGUGGUGAGGAAUCUUCCUUACGCAGAUAUGAGGAGGGUAGGGAAAAUACCAAAACUGUUACCACACAGACUUUUCCCUUCGGCAAGGUACUCAAUCUGGUUAGACAGCAAGUUACGUCUCCAGUUGGACCCCCUAGUCAUUUUGGAAUACUUUCUGUGGCGUGAUGGGCACGAGUAUGCUAUCUCCAAUCAUUACGACCGCCAUUGCCUAUGGGAAGAAGUUGCACAAAACAAGAAGCUGAACAAGUACAAUCACACUGUCAUUGAUCAGCAGUUUGAGUUUUACCAGUCUGACGGGCUGACGAGAUUCAAUGCUUCAGAUCCCAACAAGCUUCUUCCCAGCAAUGUUCCAGAAGGGUCUUUCAUAGUACGGGAACAUACUCCCAUGUCAAACCUAUUCUCCUGUCUUUGGUUCAACGAAGUUGAGCGCUUCACUCCCCGAGACCAGCUGAGCUUUGCAUACACCUACCAGAAAUUAACAAGGAUGAAUCCUGACACUCCAUUUAAUCUUCACAUGUUCAAGGAUUGCGAGAGGAGAAAAAUCACCAAAUUGUUUCGUCACAGAUCAGAAGAGAAGCGAAACCUUAUACAAGCAGCAACACAAUAACAGACCACUUUUUGAAUGCUGUAUAGUAUCGCAGCUGUACUGACUGUGAGUAAGAGUAAAAUACCACAGUUAUU